GGGGAGUGCGCUGCGGAGCCGCGCGGAAUUCCCCGGCGGCGGAGGAACAUGAACCUUUCAGGAAGGCUUUCAAGAGGAAUAGCCAGUAGACCACUUUAAAGGCAACAAGAGCUCUUGUGACAAAAAAUUGGAUCUGAAGGACCUGUAACAGGGAGCAACUGUUUUUGAAUACCUGCACUGAAUCUCAACUGUGCUUCUCUGCCAGUUGCUACAAGGUAAAACAUUGACAAACAUGUCCAUAGCACUCAAGCAAGUCUUUAAUAAGGAUAAGACUUUCCGUCCUAAACGCAAGUUUGAACCUGGGACCCAGAGAUUUGAGCUUCAUAAACGAGCCCAGGCCUCUCUGAACUCGGGUGUGGACUUGAAAGCAGCGGUGCAGUUGCCAAGUGGAGAAGACCAAAAUGACUGGGUGGCAGUCCAUGUUGUCGACUUCUUCAACCGCAUCAACCUCAUUUAUGGAACUAUUUGUGAGUUCUGCACAGAGAGGACCUGCCCAGUGAUGUCUGGAGGCCCUAAGUAUGAGUACCGGUGGCAGGAUGACAUGAAGUACAAGAAGCCCACAGCAUUGCCAGCACCCCAGUAUAUGAACCUUCUCAUGGACUGGAUCGAGGUGCAAAUCAACAAUGAGGAUAUAUUUCCUACCAGUGUAGAGAGAGAUGACAACCAGGAUGUGUCACUAAAAAGCUAUCCACUGAAAGAAAAGCUAAAUUCACUUUCCUUCUUAAAGCAGAACUUAAGGACAAGAUUGCCUUGGUGAACUGAACCUGCUUUGUAAACUGUGGGAAGGUAAUGGGAGCUGAGAAAAAGCUGAGAAGGAAGAAAGCUGAGAACCACAGUUACUUUCACUGAUGCUUCUCACCACUGUCAAUGUUAUUAACCCGGACUGUGCUGCUGUGAACCUCAUUUGAGUGACAUGGAUUACUGCAAAAAAGAAUCAGCUUUGUGUAAGCUUUAGCUCCUCCGCUAGGGAUGAGACCCUCUUUAGCAACCUAUGAUGACAUAUCAUGUUCCUGCUGCUAGGGCUUUACUGAAAUUCGGGUUCCUAGGCUGAUCUCCAGAUUUAUUGUUUUGAAAUGAAACUGUUUUGUUAGCUGCCA